CUUGCUCAAAUUUUACAACGUGUGCUGCAAUUAUUUUAAAAUUUGCAACGAAAUAUGGCUGAAUCCAAGCAACUUCAACUCGAAAAGAAAGAUCCCGAGUAAGUAUAUGUUAUUUAACCAUUUCAUUCGUUUUACAAGUGUUAUAAUGCAUGCGAAACCUGCUAAAUAUGGUUCAAAAUAUGGCAGUAUUAAAGUGCCAAAUUUAAGUCAUUUGUUAUUUAUAAAUUAGUCAUGUUUGAUUUUCACAAUAUUGUGAUAGCUUUUUUAAUCCUGUUUCCUCUUAUUUUAUUUAGAAAACGAAAGAUAUCUUGCCGGUAAGUUGAUUGCUCCAGUAAUCUUGGAUUUUUUCGUGUUUAUCAGUUAUAUUUCUGACAGGACUUUAAACAAAUUCAUUAUUAAUAUUGUAUCACGUCUGUUAUAUUUAUACACGUAGGUACUUCGUCCGUGGAUCGUGUCGAGAAGGAAACAAAUGUUCAUACUCUCAUGACCGCUCUGAUAUUCCGGUUAGUGUUCUGUGCGUUUGCCUCUGGGCCAUUCCAUUUAAUAUCCGCCACCCCCCACCCCCUAUGGACGAAGUCAGUAAAAUUUUAACUCCUAAGAAAAAAGAUCGAAGUGCUGACACAAAACACCACUCAGAAAUUUGUAAAUUUUCCCUUUGUCUCUCAGAAAUAUCACAGAGAUCAAAGGAUGCCGACAGGCUUAACCCCCUCAGAAACAACUUUGGAGUUUCCCUUCAGAAAAGUUCAUCCUUAGGAGGAGGGGGGGGGGGGGUGUGUGGACAUUAAAUGGAAUGGCCCUCUAGACCUUGUAUAAAAAUAUCUGGCUGUUUAUUUAAAUGUUUUGAGUGCCCCCCCCCCUAGAUGAGUAAAUCGCCUGUUGUUAAGGCAGAAUUAAAUCCCAAAAUCUCUUCAAAAUCCUAAAAUAUUGCGAAAAACAUGACUCCUCUAAAAUAGAUCUGUUGAAAAUCUCACAAAAAGUCGCAAAAUCCCUGGGUAUUUUUGCAGGGCACUUUUUCAGAUUAAUGCACCUUUGCUUAAAAUUAUGCGCCGAUCAAAACGAAGGUGUAACAUCCCCCUCCCCUGACACGUGAGGGGCAUUUGCCAUUCAUGAUUUUCCCUAGGGGCGGGCAUCUGUUGUCGAGAAAUUUAAAGUGGUGGGGCAUUUGAUUCCACUUAUAAUUAAAAUGAGGAUGGGGAUUUGAUCACAACUAAAAACUAUUAGUUAAAGUUUACCUAACAUGAAGACUAUAUUAUAGAUUGACUUGUUGCCCGCUGACACAAGAAACCACAGCCCGGUUUAACAUUUCAAUCAAAUGCACAUUUUUUGCUUUAGUGUUUUAAAGAAAAUGGCAAAAAUUUUAGUAAACAAUUUUCAAUGUCAAAAUGUAAAUUAUUUUCAAGAUUGGUUGGACCAGAAUGGACUGGGGAAGUUAAAAGUUGAAUAAUUUUAACCUUCAAAUUGAAUUUACAAUGGGGCAUUUGAACUUUGUUUUUUGACUUGGGUACGUGGUGAAUUUGAUCAUUGCAAAAUCCAAAAAGUCAUGCCCGGGUAUAUGGCCGGGAGGGGGAUGUUACACCUUCGUUUUGAUUGGUGCAAUUAUAUAAAUGCUGAUUAUCCGUGUGAGGUUUAAUCGCACAAGGCGACAAAGUUGUAGAGACUUGUGUAUGAGAAAGGUCACAGAGCGAGAUUACAAUGCAACAACUGGAUGUGGACACUUGUUGUAAUCACAAAGACUAUGUUUGCAUAACUGGAGUGAAACACUUGUAACUGCUGUACACAUGUCAUGUGUGUAAUCUUUCUACUCCCUCACCAUGGGCUUGUAAAGAAAUCUUGCAGGGCCUGAGGGGAAAAUGCACCCGAAGUCCUUACCAUGUUACAACCAGAAACAGCAUGUUUGAUACCAACAUUUCUCUUGGGUCGCAACCAGGGGCGGCCGCCCCCCCCCCUUCACGGAAAAUUGACGAAUUUUCGGAAAUUUUGACCUAAAAGAGGGCUAAAAACAGUCUUUUCGAGUGCAAAUAGGGGGGUAUGUCGGAAAUUUGAAAGUUUUGUCGGAAAUUUAGGAGGCUUUGCCCCCCCCACCAGAAAAAGUGAAUUUCCGCCACUGGUCGCAACUGGAUAAUUCCCCCAAUUUGAUUUUGGACCAUCUAAAAUUGGCUGAUACUCUCAGGCUACAGUAAGUCAUGACCAUUGAGUCACUUGUGAAAUUCUGACAAUAGUAUCCAUUGUGUUAAUUGGGUGCAAUUUGAUAUUGUAGCACCAAUUAAAGAAGAGCUAACCAAGCUCUAAAUGUUUCUAAAUUUCUGUUUUUUUGGCAGUUCUGGUGUUCUGAAGGAAUAGUAGUUUCUAAUUUUUAAGCCAUUUUUAUAUAAUAAAUGACCAUUGAUCUGCUCUUACCUGAACCUCAUUCCAGAUUUUUACCUAAUGGACUGAGUUGAAUGGCUACAUGUAAGCUUUCUUUGCUCCAUAGCUUUAUUCUUACAGAGGGAUGGGGGUGGAGUUUGCAAAAUUAGAUCACAGAUCACAGGUGUAAUAUUGGAAUACAAUUGGGAAAUUCUAAUCAGUUUUGGCAAUGAUAGUUGCUACCUUGCCAGUGACCUAAUUUAAUUUACAUAAUUAUCAAACAAGCAAAAAUCCAACUUGUAUUACUAACAAAUUCUAUACAUUGAUUUCCAAUCUAUGUACAUAAAGUAGUCUAUAUGUUUACAAUUAAUAUUGGUAACAUAGGAUAAUUACAACAGAAUAAUUUGUUAUAAUGUGAAUACUUGAGCACUGUGCUGAACACAAGAGUGCGUAAACACAAUUGAAUUGAAUUUUCAAAUUUUAAUUACCAGGCACUGAGGCACAUGGAAUGCUGUGCUUAACAACAGUAGCCAGGAUAAUUAGUGUCAAUUUUUUUGGGACACCCUGUACAGUAUUAUAUUAAUAUUACAAAUGACAUAAAUCAAAAUUGAGAAUAUAAAACAAAUAAACAACUCAGGGAAUUGCUGUACUUUCAUUCCCUUGCAUGCUUUUCAACAGUGUAUUGUUUCGCUCACUGUGUCUCCAAACUGCCAACCAGAAUGGCUGGGUAUGGCUAAAAGGAGAGGUACCAACCCGAGAGUUAUCUCGGAGAGUUAUGAUUUCGGAGAGUUAUGAUCAAACUACGCCCAGUUUGACGUUAACAUUAUGAAGAUGUUAGAGAGUUAUCAUUUUUUAUACCUCUCCGCGUUCACGAUUAUGGCAAUGAAUAGAGUUAAGUCAUUUUUGGAAACCAUAGUAAAGCUUGUUUCUUCAGGUUUUCAUCUUAUAUUUUGGCAUGGGCGUACGGGAAGGAAAAAAUUAGGGGGGGGGGCGGAAAGAAAUAUGUCCGACUUUUUCGGAUUGUGCCCGCGGUGUCAAAAAAGAAAUUUCCGGAGAAACUUUCCAAAAUUGUUGUCGACGGGGGAGGGGGGGGAGGGAGUGAUUACGAAAAAUUCCUAUCAGAUAGCAUAUUUCACACAAAAUUGACAGAAUUUCACACAAAAUUGACAGAAUUUGUCCCAUUUAUUUUUAUAAUAUUGCCCGACUGUGAAGCGAAUAUUGCCCGACUGGCUUUGUUUGCCCAACAAACUGGGGCGGGGGGCUGCCCCCCCCCCCCUCCGCCCGGUACGCCCAUGUAUUUUGGCAUUUAAGUUUGUAGCGUGGCUAUAGCGUGCGUCCAAACAGGAAAUACAACUUGACGCGGUCAAAACAAUGAGAUGCUUGCAUCAGAAGGGUCAAAGUACCUCCAGAAGCAUGCUUUGACGUGUAUUUGGCAGUAAAUACGGUAAGCAUAGUUGCAAGCAAGUUAAGAAAAUUGAAUCUUUCAGGAAUUCAGGUUUUGGAAAUACUUUCCCAGAUCAGCCAAUAGGGCAUUAUAUUGGAAAGGUUUUCUGGUUCUAUAUCAUACGAGAGCUGUAUCUGAAUGCUGGUCUUGCUAGAUAAUCCAAGUGAGCAUGUAUAUUUACAUUUACAUAUAGAUGAACUUGGUAAGUUCUAAAGUACUAUUAGUUUCUACUAGCGUGAAAUGUUAAAGCUGACACUUGAGAAAAAAGUAAAUUUACAAAAAUGACAUAACUCUCGAGCUCUUCAUUGCCACAAUCAUGAACGCGGAGAGUUAUAAAAAAUGAUAACUCUCUAACAUCCUCGUAAUGUUAACGAGAGAGAGAGUUACGUCAAACAUAACUCUCUCAUGUUAGUUCAAGGAAACGUCGAGAAAGUUAAGAAAUUGGGUGUGCUCGUUGGGUAAAGUGGGCGUGGUUUGGGGGGUGGUUUGGGCGUGGUUCGACCAUAACUCUCCGAAAUCAUAACUCUCCAAGAUAACUCUCCACUCCAUAACUCUCCGUUUAGCCGGUCCCAUCUUGGCUUCUCUGCAACAAAGGAAAAAAAAGAAGGAUCCUCCAUGGAAGCAAUCCUUAUCCGUGAGAUCCUGAGCAGAGCCAAGGACUGUCAAGAAUACUAUCCCUUCAACGAUUCUUGUUAAAAUUCGUGAGAAUAUUUGUAAAAUCCUGGCAGGAUUCUGGAAGGUUCAAGGAAAAUUGUGGUAUUCUGGAAGGAAAAGUUUCCCGAAUUUCCUUGAUUAAUUUUUUAAGAUAUUUUGAAAUCUUGAGAGGAUCCUAGAAGGAAAAUAUUCCUGUACUUGGGAUUUUUGAAAUUCCUACCUCUGUCUGUCUGAUUAUUCUAAACCCUGAAAUGAGGAUUGUAUAACAGACUUAUUCCCAUCCAACAAAAUGUUGUACACUGAGGGAAUGAAAAAUAUCAAUCUGGAAAUCAAAGCCAAAAUUCGUUUCCUGAAAUAUGAAAUAUUGCAUAAUAGUAACGGCUUAUUGACCGAACGUGAGGUCUGUACUGUGAAAUAUCAGACCGAGGUUUUUAGUAUGGACCGAGCGACGAAGGAGCGAGGUCCAUGCAAAAAACAGAGGUCUGAUAUUUCACAGUACAGACCGAACAAGCGAGGUCAAUAAUCGGUUUAUUAUAUGGCUGAACUGAGUCUGUGAGCAUAUGCUUUUCGCGCGAAUUAAAUUGGCUAUCGUCAGUUUCACUGGGUAACAAUAUACGGUAGGCAUGCAUGCUCAAUCAAAAACAAUUUGGUUGUUUGAAAUUUUUAUCUGUAAAUUUCACCAAAUUGACACCAAUCCAAGUACGGAAAACACGGACCACGGUCCGGAUAUGGAUUUUACGGACCGUUUGUCAACCAAUCAGAAUAGAGAAUUUUGAAAAGCCAUAUAAUAAUACAGUAUAUAAUUCAUGAAAAUUCGAAUAAUUAUUUUCAAGCCAAAUCGCAAAGUCAAUAGUUAUAACCAAAACUCAGGUUAGAUUUGAAUUUUACCUCAUUUGUGACUGAAAUUGAAUUCAUUAUGUGCGUGUGUUUUCACUUUUAAAUAAUACAGGUGUGUAGAUAUUUUGAAGAGGGAACAUGUUACUAUGGAGAUAAGUGUUGGUUCAGACAUCCAGAAGAAUUUAACAUAUCGAGGUAAUAUGCAGAACAUUCCUUGUACUACUAUCCCGAAAUAACACCAUAUAGAUUGGAGUUAAACUGUAGGAUGGAGAAUUAGAAUCGGUGUUAGAAAUGAGGCUACUUAGGAUCAGCGUUGUGUUAGGUGUGACAGUGUAUUUAGGAUUACUACUGUGAUGACGGUUAGGAUUGGGUUAAAUAUUGGGAUUAAGACUGUACAGUAUUUAAAUAGGGUUCGUACAAAACUUGAAUUUGAAAAAUGAAAUUAUUAAUAAAUUGGAAUGCUUUGAAAGUCCUUGAAUUCUUUCCCACUUUAGUUUUUGGAUAUUUUCUGAAAUUUGACAUUAAAAUACGGGAAUUUUGUUAAAUUGACUUUUGUCUUACAAAGUUGUUUGAAAUUCAUCGAAGUUGCAAUUUAAGCUGUUCAACGUCACUUUACUGAUUUCUAACGCCUUCUUUUUGGGCGUUGGUCCUUGGAUGUCCUGAUAUGGGAUCAUGGUCUUUCAAAAGUGCUUGAAUUUUACUCUUCCGGACAUGUAUACAGUACGAACCAUUAGAGUCCGGAAAACUGUAAGUCUCGAAUAAUCGCACUCCUGUCUAGAUUCUUUAAUCAGUAAAUCAGUUUUAAUCUGUAAUGCAAAUGGAUAGUAAUCAGCAACAUUCUUUUAUUUUAGCCGCUUUGAUGAUUACCUUGUUCCUUCAGAAAGCUUUUUCUCACUUGGAAAUGUUUUCAGCACCUGUAUGUGUAUUUGUUACACGGGAGAAACAUUAACGUAUUAACUAUGGUAGUUAUGUAACAUACGGCCCUAAUACGACUUUUAACUGAAUACUAAUUUAUACGUUAAGUUUACACAAGAGUAAAUAUUCAUCUGCAGUAAUAGACACAGUCAUACACGUUUUUCUGACAUAUUACAAAUUAGAUAGUGCAGACCUAUUUUACAUCCAAGCAUGGGCGGAUUUUGAGGGGAGGGGCGGGCAGGGGGGAGGGGUUGGGUUGUGGGAGGUGCGCACCUUUCCUGAGGUCGUUUUGCACCUCCCCUGAUACAUUUUGCAGCUCCCUCAAAAAUCCAUGCAUCCCCUUACUUUGGUGUCUCUAGCUAAAUUUGGAUGUGGUAUUUAGGUUUUGUAACAGAGUUUUUGUUCAAUUCGAAAAGUGACAGCCAUUUAUCCUUGUGUCAAUUGUCCUUUUAAAUAUUGUGGUGGUGCAACUAGGGGCGAAAUUUGAAGAGUAAUACAAUCAUAAUUCAUAAAUACAUAAAUAUACAGUAUAUGUAGAGUACUGUAAAUGUAUACUGUACGUCAUGUACAAGUUGUAGUUGACUUUUGGGAGCUACGUUCUAAUCCCUAACAUUCCAGAGUGCUGUAGGCUAGAUCGUUGAACCUCCCCUAAAGUUUUUCCACCACCCAACAUUUCCACCUUGCAUCUACUGUACGUAAGCGUAUUCGUUGCACUGUGCAGAUGAAUUAAAUAAAUUGUGCAAUAAAUAUAUAUUAAUAACGUUUUUCGUAACUUUAUUCGUUUAGGUGCGGAACCUCCACCAUUAAGCAAUAUCAAUUUAUUGAUGGCGGCUGCUAUCUCAUCUGCUUGGUCAGACGCGAACAACAAUGAAACUGAAUGUGAAACGCCUAAGGCUCCAAUUUCGAUAGAGAAGGCCAUGGAAAUGUGGAAAAUUAUUACGGAUGGAGGUAUAUAAACUAAUAAUGUAGUAGCUCUAUCGGUUCUUAUAUGUAAACUGUUCUCCUUGGCAUGUGUCCCGAUACAUGUAAUGUGGCAGUUUCACGUCCCGUUUUGCAGUUGAAUGCAUAUACGAAAAUAGAAUCCAUUUUUACUAUCUAUAAGGACAACAAAGCUGUCGUAUUAGAUGUUCACUAACGCCCACCCAUAUAGUCCGUUUUUUUUUCUUCCGGGGGAAAUCCCAAUGUUACAGUGAUAUGUGUACCCCGUGUUUGUGUCUCCCCAUACUCACAUUACUAUAAGAAACGGUUAGGAUUGUUGCUCGGGAUACCAAUAUCUCUAUUAUGAUAGUGAUAUGUGUAGACCUAGUGAUAUGAGUAGGGUGAUACACAAACACGAGGAUACAGAUACUGUAUCACAGUGAUAGCCGGGAGAAAACUUUUUAAAAUUUCGUCAGGUAUUGUAUAGAUCUUUUAGCGCCGUCCAAGUUGUCACAGUAGCACUGUUUUCUAUUGAAUACUUAUCGUGCAAAAACAUAAUGUACAGUACAAUUUUGUUGUGUGAGCACUCUAACUUAAUUCACAUUACGUUCGGAUAUACGUUUGAAAUGAAAUCUUAACCUUUUUAAAGGGUGACGAAGAUGAUGAAAUUACAUUUCUUUUUACCGUCUAUGUAGAAGACCCAGAAAAAAGUCAAGAUUCAAACAAGUCAGUGGAUGAUAGUUGUGAAUCUGCGUUGGAUGAUAUCAGCUUGUACUUCAGUAAACUUGGUAAAUUCGACAUCAAAAACUGGCCAUGCUCUGAUGUUAUAGACCUACUGUGCUUAGUAGCAGAUUUUGACGAUGUUGAAUUCACAAGCCACGACUUGAGCAAUGAUCUGUUUGUGGGCAACGUUCUCUUCGAGCUAAUGCGUAUAUGGAAACCGUCGAGCAGUACUACUUCAGAAUUCUUCAACACGUUAUGCGAAUUAAAACAAAUAGACAUGACACAGUUGAUUAUUUGCUUGGUUAGUUGUCCUUGCAGACUUGACGAUUUCGAUUGUUUCUUGGGUGAGGUUCUAUACCAUUUGCAGCAGAAGAACCCCAACACAUGGAAUGGCGAAUGGGUAGCGGAUCUUCUUGACAAGUUUGAAGGCAAUUUGGAAUGUUGUGAUGUAGACGCUGUUGAUGUUUUAUCCAGUUUUGGAAGUCUCUCAAAGAAUCCAGGUGAACUGGGAAAGAUGGCGCAUGCGUAUCUUGUGAAGACCGGCCUUCAGAAUAGCUUUGAAUGUCGUUGCAAAACAGCGGAUUGUCUUUGUCCCAUUGAAGUAGACGAAGGUGUUGCGUUCAUCUUGUUUGAUGGCUUGACAAGAAGACUGAAAUGGACAAAUAAUGAAAAAAAGGAUUUUUUUUGCAAGGCUGUAGACAAAUUGUUUUUGCCAGGCGUGCUCUUUCAACUAGGUAGGUGUUUAUUGAUUUAAGUUUUGUUGCAUUUACUUGGCUGCAGGGGUUGAUCAACAACAGAGUAACGCAUACCAAUGAUCACACAGGAAAAUAAACAUACAGAAACACUUGGAAGUUGUGCGAAAAGAUUUUUAAUAUGUACAGUGGGUUACAAAUUCAAGUUAUAAAUUUAAAGUGGUUAUUGUAUUUCACAUUUUUAUACAGUACAUCCCUGUACAACGAACCUCAAUCUGAACUGCAUCUAUGAGAUGUGUUCACCCGUCUGCUCACUCCCACCCCCUACUUAUGUCCGUCUGUGAUCACAAUCGUGACAAAUUUGGGAAGUUAACAGAAAAGAUACAAACCGGUUGUUGUCGGUAAACUGCAUACUGUAGAUUAACCCAUAGUUAAUACAGCCUCACGAACUUUAAAGCUUUUGAUUUCAGUUCUAACACUGCUCUAACUGAUGUUGCGAGCCUGGGACGGAUCUGAAGAACCUCCUCCACUUGAGGCAGAGGUCGUCCAUUGUACGUAAAGUACAAAAUGUUCAGUGAUCGCAAAAGUGCAGAAUUUCCAAUCAACGUGAAUUAAACAAUAGAGCAAAGACUUUUUCCGACUUUCCAAACCAUGUUUAUUUUCUAUAGUAAACUAUGGAUGAUGAAAUGGCAUGUUGUGAAUCACCUUUUCUACAUUUGAGUGACACGUAAAAUUCUCGUUGUAAAGUCUGGAAUAUCAUCUUGUAACAAGGUUGAUGAAGCUAACUGACUUGCAACAAGUUGUUCCAACCUGUCUGAUAUCAUCUGCUCAUAACAAGUUGCUAACAAGUUUUUACAACAAGCUCGUCGCAAUUUGUUGCGAAUAGCCAGUAUUAGUCUUGUUGAAACAACUUGUAGUAAGUCUGUUACCGUCGUCAACCUUGUAAGAAGGUCAUAACUUGUUUCAGGCUUGUCACCUUUUUUCGGCUUGACACUGACAACCUUGUUACAAUAUGUACGCAGAUAUGUAACAACUUACGAAUUUUUUCGUGUGUUCAUUUGACCUAGGUGAAAGUAUGGGCCUGAAAAACAUCGCCAAUGAAUCCAACUGCCGAGAAGAGCCAAUCAUAAACAAAGCGAACGGUUUACCACAGUCGAAAUGUCCAAGUGCAGAUUGCAGUAACAACGCUAAGCGAGACUGCGUGAACGGACUAUGUGGUCGUUGCUGCAAACGUAGUGGCUUAUGGUGUGAUGUUCACGUGAACCUGUUUCCCACUCGGUACCAGACCGUCCGCGCACAUGACUUGGUGAAACCACGCGUGAACCUGGCUACGAAGGGAGAUCUGGAUUGUUUCCUGGAAACGAAGGAAGAUGCUCGAGCUGUUUGCUUUGGUCGUGAUUUCUCAGUCAAUGAUGAUGACGUCAUUAAGGUACUUGACCUAUGCAAGAAUAUUAUGCUGCUGGAACUAGGUAUGUGUUAUACUAUACACUUAUUAUAAACGGAUAACGAUGAUUGAAUAAUUAUUGCCUUGGUAAACAAGAACAUUGUCGCAGAUUGCGAUACAAUUGAAUGUUACCCCGUUUGCCAUCCCACAUGGGAAAACAUGGGAGAUAUUGUUGUGGAAAUAAAAUGUUUCCGUGGAAAUUCCUAAAAAUAUGUCCUAAGAAAUUCAGAAACAUGACACGUUUCCAUAACAUGUUUCGUGAUUUUCCCUUCUUCAGGAAACAUGACUAGGAAAGAAUGAUUUCGUAACAAUGUUUCCUAUUACUGUAUUCCAUGUGCUUACACUGUGUCGUGUCCCUGCCGACGAAGUUUCAACCAGACGGAUUUUCCAAAAGAGAACAAGUGCUCGAUUUUUGAAUGCAAUAUAUUUCAAUAGAUACUGGUCGAUGAAACACUAUAAAAAUAUUACAACACAGCUGUAUUAUUACAAUACAGCUGUAUUAUUCAUCUCAUCCCCUUUCAUUCACUGUAUUUCUUAAAAGUUCUCCACACAAAUGUUUGACGAAAAAGCAAUAUUUUUUGUUAGUAUCAGCAUUAUUCUGUGUUAAAUGAUGCGGUAUGCAUGAUUAAUUUAUAUGAUUGACAUUUAGUCAUCACACCUUCAAACUCAGAGGUGUAAUGCAUUUAUACCGCCUGAAUACAGGAAUGCCUGGAACAUUCCAAUCGAUCAGACGUUCAAACACUUGCAAAUACUUUGAUGCACAAAAGAUUUUCUGUUUAACAUAGAAAGAAUUUUCCGUAUGAUUGGGCUAGCCGUACAAAUACUGAAUGCGUACCAGGGGCGUAGCUGGAGGGGGGAUGUGGGGGUGUAACACCCCCCCCCCCCCCAUUCAUCACAGAUUCGGCAAAUGUCUGCUAAACUCGAAAAAUUGUUUUCGGAUUUAUCGGGAAAUUGUUUUCGUGGUGAGCGAAAUAUUUAAAUGGCUCGGAAUAAAAAGUAAUAGUUACAGUAUAUAACAAAUGUUAUUAAAUUUACGAAAAAUUACGGGAAAAGGUAACAAAUAACGACAUGUCCGGAAAAAUUUUUGUAUUUUAGGAAAAAUUACGAUAUGUCCCGAAAAAUAUUUGUAUGUCCGGAAAAAAUUUUGCGACCUCCCCCACCCCCCGCUCGCCAACAAUUUUUGGGGAAAAUAUUAAUUAGCGACUGAAAUGAUGUCGGCAAAUGAGAUACUACAUCCCCCCCUUCUUCCUCUCUUAGCUAUGCCCCUGAUGCGAACUUUAUGAAACAACUGUAUAUCAUCUAUGUUAUUGCUGACAUGGAGUCAUGGAUGACAUAUGUUACUGAUAUGAACGAUCGAAAGACAAGGAAUUGUUUUUAGAUUCAACCAUUAUGUGUAUGUGUAUCAACCAUAUGGGAGAGGGUGUACAACGUCCUUCUGUACGUAAAAGAAUAUUAUUCAAACGUCGCGGCGCUACGUAAACCGUACCGAUCCGAAACUUUCUCGCAGGGUUGGCCUUAAACCUUAAUCUUUAAAUUAAAUUACUGUAGCUGGCGUUCUACUGAUAAUGUUGAGUACAGUAAAAGAUUGAUAGAAUUUUUAGACUAGAUUUUUAAGUCUAAAUCUAUUGUUGGCUGUGUGAACGAUAUUAGUGAAGCAAUAUGUAACAGAGCUGGCUGAACAUGUAUUCAUUUACCAUAAUUAUAGCAAAGCCCGUUCGAUUAUUGCAAUAUAUUGAUCUAUAGGUUCAUCUGAUACUGGAAAACCCGGUAGGCUUGUUACGGACGCCUUACUUCAUUACAUCGCUCAAAAUCGUCCUAAACUUCGCAAACUCCGAUUGGAAUCAGCCACCUCGAUCGCCGAUGAUAGCGUCAUACAACUACUAAAACACUGCCACGAUUUAGAGUUCUUGGAAGUAUCUGGUAAUGACAAAAUCAGUGGUGAGUUGACCGACCGCACUCUUAAAGAAUUCUUUGAUGUUAAUGUUGCACCAAACCUUAAAACACUAAGAGUUACAGACCAACGUGGAAUAAGUUACGAUAUCGUUAUGCGAUUACGACGCUGCAGACCAAAUCUUGAAAUAACUGCUGGCGAUACGGACAGUGAUAGCAUGGCGUGGUCACUAAUUCUAGGAAUGACUGGUGGAUGGUAUGGAGACGGAUUAUAUUGAGUGCGCAUGCGCGUUUAGGUUGUGUCAAUAUCACUUGUGAAUAAUCCAUUCACAACUUGUGUUAAAUAUUGUUGAAAUUAUUUUAGUAUGACUAAAUAUUCUUUGCGUAGCAAAAACUGAAUAUUAUGAGUGCUGAUUAGAAUUGAACAGUUAUAAUUUGUGUGCACCGACAUUCUAUAAUUUGAGAAAAGCACCAAAAAUAAAAUUCCAUUUUCAAUAAGCAAUUAAAUAUGAAUAUGUUUACAAAUGUAAAUACAAUAAUUCAAAAAUACAAACUUAUCCUUGUAAUAUAUUUCCUAUAGAAGAUAAAAAAUGUUUAAAUUAUCUAAUGUUAAAAUAUGUUGAUAUGCUAACUGAAAUUUGUUAUUGUGAAUUUGAUAUGAAUUAAAAAUAUACAUUUUGCG